UCCCGCUUCGCUGAGGUGGCGGUGUGACGAAAUUGACGCAGGGGGUCGGGAUGCGGAGGGGAGGAAGCAGCGCGUGGCGCGCUACGUAGGGGGUGGCUCCGCCGGGACUGCGAGUUGGUGUUUACGAGGUGACUAACUCGUUCUGUCAGAGGACGGUGCCGCAUUCUGAGGGGAGCGCUCACGAGGGGGAGGAUGCUGGUGGUGGAGGUGGCGAACGGCCGCUCCCUGGUAUGGGGGGCCGAAGCGGUGCAGGCACUGCGGGAACGUCUGGGAGUGGGGGGCCGCACGGUGGGCGCCCUGCCCCGCGGGCCCCGCCAGAACUCGCGCCUGGGCCUCCCGCUGCUGCUGAUGCCCGAGGAGGCGCGGCUCCUGGCCGAGAUCGGUGCCGUGACCCUGGUCAGCGCCCCGCGCCCGGAUCCACGCCAACACAGCCUGGCUCUGGCAUCCUUCAAACGCCAGCAAGAGCAAGACUUCCAGGAGCAAAGCGCCCUGGCAGCCGAGGCCCGUGAGACUCGUCGUCAGGAGCUCCUAGAGAAGAUUGCGGAGGGCCAGGCUGCGAAGAAGCAGAGGCUGGAACAGGAAUCAGGGAGCAGCGGGAGCCAGGAGGCCGGUGGGAGCCAGGAGGCGGGUGGGAACCAAGCUCCCGCGGAGAAUGAGGCCAGUGCCAGCCAGGCUUCUGGAGAGCACGAGGAAGCAGGUUCCUCUUCUCCCCAGCCAGGGCCUUCAGAUGGGGUGGCCCCCUUGCCCAGGUCCGCCCUGCUGGUCCAGUUGGCCACUGCUAGGCCCCGACCCAUCAAGGCUAGACCCCUGGAUUGGCGCGUCCAGUCCAAAGACUGGCCCCAUGCUGGCCGUCCUCUCCAUGAACUUCGCUACAGCAUCUACAGAGACCUGUGGGAGCGAGGCUUCUUCCUCAGUGCUGCUGGCAAGUUUGGGGGUGACUUCCUGGUCUAUCCUGGUGACCCACUUCGUUUCCACGCCCAUUACAUUGCUCAGUGCUGGGCUCCUGGGGACCCCAUUCCACUCCAGGACCUGGUUUCUGCCGGCCGCCUGGGAACCAGCGUCAAAAAGACGCUGCUCCUGUGUUCUCCUCAACCUGACGGUAAGGUGGUCUACACCUCCCUGCAGUGGGCCAGCCUGCAGUGAACUCCAGAGACCUAGGGGGACGUGGCUGCAUCUGUGGAAAGAGCCUUUCUAGAUGGUCCCAUGCUCACAUCUGCGCGGGAGGCCUCAACACCCUCCUCCCUCUCUCUGCGGUUAAGUUUUGAGUCCGGAUUUAUAAACACUACACCUUCUUACUUCCCUCCCUGUUUCAAAGCACUUAUUGGCUGCGAUGUUUUUGUAGUUACCUGUUUCUGAACUGUGAGCUUCUUGAGGGUGAAGACUGGGUUUGAUUCAUGUCUGUUUUCUACCGGGCACAGGUCCCAACAGGUCCCAGUAAACUUGUUGAAUAAA